GUUCCUGGAACUGGGAGUUUCGAGGCUAAAACUGUUCGGAAUUGAACCCACACAGAGAGCAGCUGUUAGCCCGGGUACUGUCAGAAGUAGCUGCGCGUUUUAAAGAGCGAGGUCACCUGUCCAAAGAUCGGUGACCUGAGCUGAUACUGAACGUUUUCGGGUUGUUUUACUGAUACGGUUUUUUACCCCCUGCAGACGAUCGAGGACGAAGCUCCAGACUGUUCUCCACAGGCUUCGACCUACCUGUGUGUUUCAGAAUUCCUUCUGUCCUAAGACCUUGAAGUUCAGUGUUAGAGAUGGCUAAUUCAGAGGGUGCUAAGCUAUGGGGUGGAAGAUUUGUGGGAAAGAUAGAUCCAAUUAUGGAGAAGUUUAAUUCCUCCAUACGUUACGAUAAGCGAAUGUGGGCUGCAGAUAUUAAAGGAAGCAAGGCCUAUGCCAAGGCUUUAGAGAAAGCUGGACUUUUAACAAAAACUGAAAUGGAUCAAAUUCUAAAUGGAAUGGACAAGAUUUACGAAGAAUGGAUAAAUGGAACUUUCCAGAUUAAUGAAGGAGAUGAGGACAUUCAUACAGCCCAUGAACGAAGACUGAAGGAACUAAUUGGAGAAGCUGCAGGAAAAUUACAUACUGGCCGAAGCAGGAAUGAUCAGGUGGUAACUGAUAUGCGACUAUGGCUGCGAGAUGAAAUCCAUGUUUUGAUGGGUCACUUGCAGCAGUUAAUAAAAACAAUGGUUGAAAGGGCUGCAGUUGAGAUUGAUAUCCUUUUUCCUGGAUAUACUCAUAUGCAAAGAGCACAGCCAAUUCGAUGGAGUCACUGGAUUCUGAGCCACGCUGUUGCCUUGUCUCGUGAUGCUGAGAGACUGGACGAAAUUAAGAAAAGAACCAAUGUCCUGCCAUUAGGAAGCGGUGCUAUUGCUGGAAACCCCUUUAAUAUUGACAGAGAAUUCCUUUCUAAGGAGCUGCAAUUUGAUGCCAUCAGUUUGAAUAGCAUGGAUGCAACCAGUGGACGAGAUUUUAUUGCUGAGAUUCUGUUCUGGUGCUCCCUGUGUCUGAUUCACCUGAGUAAGAUAUCUGAGGAUCUAAUCAUUUACAGCACCAAGGAAUUUGGAUUCAUAAGCCUGUCUGAUGCCUACAGCACUGGGAGUAGCCUGAUGCCCCAGAAGAAGAAUGCAGACAGUUUGGAACUGAUUCGAGGCAAGGCUGGUCAAGUGUUUGGGCGGUGUUCCGGAUUUUUAAUGAGUCUUAAAGGACUGCCAAGCACAUACAAUAAGGAUUUGCAGGAAGACAAGGAGGCAACAUUUGAAAGCAUCGACACCAUCUCUGCAGUACUCCAAGUGGCAUCAGGUGUGCUGUCUACAUUAAAGGUUCAUGAAAAUGCCAUGGAGAAGGCUUUGAGCCCAGACAUGCUGGCUACAGAUCUGGCUUACUACUUGGUUCGAAAGAAGAUGCCUUUUAGAGAAGCCCACAGUGCUUCAGGAAGAGCUGUUCAUUUGGCAGAAGUGAAAGGUAUUGAAGUAAAUCAGCUCUCCCUGGAUGAUUUGAAGACCAUUAGUCCCCUGUUUGAGAGUGAUGUGUCGAAGGUGUGGAAUUACACCAACAGUGUGGAGCAGUAUGCAGCAGCUGGAGGCACUGCAAGAAGCAGCGUGACUUCACAGAUUGAGCAACUGAGAGUAUGGCUAAAAAGAAGACAGAGCACUUAAGAUUGUCCACUCUUGUGGACAAGUACGAUUGGAUAGACUGAACAUCCAAAUGAUUCGCAUUGGAAAUAUGAUAGAUUUUUCCUCCUGUUAACUACAGGAAGAGUAUUCUAUUGGGGGAAACAUUUCUGCUAAAUAGCAAAGGUUUUUGGGUUAAGACAAAAUCUGGCUGGCAAGUUGCCAUGGUGAUGGUGUUAAAUUGAGUAAUUAUAAUUGGCAAUAAAAUUGAGUUUAAAUUGUAUAAAGAUUAUCAUAUGUUAUUGUAUCCUGCUGUAAUAAUUGAUGUAUGAGAGAAAGCUUUAACAAAAUAAAUCUAGAUAGAAUAGUCUGAGACUGA